UUAACUAUUAAGUGGGAAAAUGUAUAAUAAAAAGCUUAAUAUAAUUAAUAAUACUUAUCCAUUUAUAAUUUUGGGUCUGACAAUGCAUUUAGUAUUGUUAUGGGGUAUAUUGGACAUAAAUUUUCAUUCUCCUAUUAUUCAAGAACUUCCAAAUGUACCAAUUUUAAAAAAUGCACCAGCAAAAAGAUUGGUAUUGUUUAUAGCAGAUGGCUUAAGAUUCAGAACUUUCAUUGAAGCACCACCAAAAUUUCUGAAAUACAUAAUGACAAGUAAAGGUGCUUGGGGUAUAUCUCAUACACGAAUGCCUACAGAAUCUAGACCAGGCAUUGUUGCAAUUUGUGCAGGAUUAUAUGAAGACCCCAGUGCUAUAUUUAAGGGAUGGAAAGAAAAUCCUGUUGAUUUUGACUCUAUUUUUAAUCAGAGUCAUCUUUCAUGGGCAUGGGGAAGUCCUGACAUUAUAUCUAUGUUUAUAAAAGGUGCAAAAGAAAAUAUACAUGGUGAUAGCUAUCCUUCUGAAUGGCAAAAUUUUGAUAUAAUGUAUGGACAAAUUUGGCGUUUAGACUCUUGGGUAUUUGACAAAUAUAUUAAUUGGCUUAGGGAAGAUGCUUAUAAAAUUAAAAAUGUUGAACGUGUUAUUUUAUUUCUACAUCUUCUUGGUUGUGAUACUACAGGCCACACAGCAAAACCUUAUUCUAGAGAAUAUGUUGAUAACAUGAAUUAUGUUGAUCGGAAAAUAGAAGAAGUUGUACAAAUGACAGAAAAUUUUUUUGGAGAUAAUGGUACUGCAUACAUUUUCACAGCUGAUCAUGGAAUGACUGAUUGGGGAUCACAUGGAAGUGGUUCUGCAGAUGAAACAGAAACACCAUUAAUUAUUUGGGGUGCAGGAAUCAAUAUAUUUAAUUUUCGUCAAAACAUAGAACAAGUUGAUAUCACACCACUAAUUUCGACUUUAAUUGGUGCUCCAAUUCCGAUUAAUAACGAAGGUGUUUUACCAUGGCAGUAUUUAAAUGCUACUAAUCCUGAAUACAUAAAUUAUGCUUUGUUAAAUAACUUAAAACAGUUAACAUAUCAAGUAAAAGCAAAUCGUAAAAUGAACUGUGAAGACAAUGAAUUUGCAGAUUGGAGAGAGAUAGAAUUAGAUAAUAAGAUUUAUAAUUUAGAUAAAGAUUUUGAAAUACAAGAUGCAAAUGAAAAAUUGAAAGGAAUAGUUAGUACAAUUAAACUAGCUAAAAAGUUUUUGUUAUAUUUUCGACAGUUCCGAAGAACACGAUUUUUAUUAUACCUCUCUAUGAUAUGGUUAGGAUGGAUAAUAUGUUUAUUUUUUAAAAUAACUGGAAUUCACCGACCUAUUAUUAAUUCCUUUAUUUUAUUAAUAAUAGAUAUUGUAUUUUUAAUUCUAGUAAUUACAUUGUUUAUUAUGCAUAAAGGUUGUAACAAUUGGAGAUUACCCUUUUAUGCAUUCUUAGCUAUAAUCUCUACUUGGCUAGCUAUUCGGAGUGCAAUUAUAUAUAAAGUAAAACUAAAAAUCAAUAAUAAUAAAUAUUAUUGGACAAUAACUGCAGAAAUAAUUUUUUUACUGGCAAUAAUGUUCAUUGGAUUAACAUAUAGAUUUAUUCUUAGUAUAGGAAUGUUAUGCAUUAUUCUUGUUCAAAAAAUAGUAUUAAAAAAGACUCGAAAUUUAUUUUUUUGGUCAGCUUUAUUACUGGCUAUUUUUCCAUUACUGCCUGUUGUAGAACCACAUCCUCGAAUUUAUGUCGUGUUUUCUAGCAUAUUUGUUGUAAUUAUUAUAGUUACAUUACAAAUGCAAUCAAAUUACAGAAAAGCAGUUGAAAUUUUUCGAUUAAUAGUUACAGGAUUGGUAUACUUAGAAUUUUUAGAUGGCCGAAAUUGGAUAUCAUGGACAAUUUUAUUAACAGCACCAUUAUAUAUCUUCACUUAUUCUACACAAUUAAGGAAAAGAAUGCAAGGAAUCAUGUUGGGACUUUUCUGUCCACUUGUUUUGUUAUCAGCAUCUUAUGAACCUUUUUUUUUUAUAAUUCUUGCAUUACAUUUGUCUUCUUGGCCACAGUUUUAUAUAUCACCUACUCAAAAUUAUCAAAGUAGUAAAAAUCCUUUGACGAUGGAAGAAUUGUUUGAAGCAGCAAUCUUUAUGUUAUAUACAUUACUAUGUUUCUUUGGAACUGGUAAUAUGGCAAGUAUCAGUUCGUUUGACCCUUCUUGGACUCGUCAUUUCGUGACAGUUUUUUCACCGUUUACGAUGUUUCUAUUAAUAAUUCUAAAAAUAAGCAUACCUUUAAUGCUAAUUGGAUGUACAAGUCAUACACUUGGAUCUUCAAACAUAUUUUUAGGAGUGCUUUUAUUAGGAGAUUGUUUAUCAUUACCCCUUAUGUAUAAUGUUACUCCUCAAGGAAGUUGGCUUGAUAUUGGUAGUGCUAUAAGUAGAUUUACAAUUGCGAUUUCUCUACCAUGCCUUAUAGUAGUAUUACAUUACCUUUCAUUUCCUUUAAUAACAUUUUUCCCAAAUAAAUUUAAAUUUUAUAUUAAUUUAAAGAAGAAUCAUAUUGUAUAA